UGACAUAAACUCUGAUAUGUACACAUGUAACUUUCUCCAAGCAACCAUCACAACAUACAUGCAGUUAUAGAGAAGAUCCGGUUUAGAUAAACCGGACAGGACUCAAAAGCGGUGGGGUAUAACCGGGUAAGAGGCAAAGCCCAUAAAUACCAAGAGAAAAGAGUGAGUCUUUGUGUUGAAGAAACACAAGAAGAUGUAUGUGAUUGAGAGCAAAACAGCAGCUAUAGGAUGUAUGAUACUUUCGUUAUGUUGUUUGGGAAGUUGGCCAGCGAUUUUGACUCUUUUGGAGAGAAGAGGUCGUCUUCCUCAACAUACUUUUCUUGAUUUCACAACCGCUAACCUCUUGUCCGCGAUUGUGAUCGCAUUUACACUCGGUGAGGUUGGAAAAAGCACGUUUCAAACGCCUGACUUCACCAUUCAGCUCCUUCAAGAUAAUUGGCCGUCGGUGUUGCUUGCAGUCGUUGGCGGCGUGCUUUUAAGCGUUGGGAAUUUAGCGACUCAAUACGCUUUAGCGUUUGCCGGUUUACCGGUUACCGAAGUUAUAACCGCAAGCAUCACCGUUGUCAUUGGAACCACGUUGAAUUAUUUCUUGGACGACAAGAUAAACAGAGCGGAGGUUCUUUUCCCAGGAGUAGGCUGCUUCUUGAUCGCUGUCUUCCUUGGCGCUGCUGUUCACUAUUCUAAUGCAGCUGAUGUCAAAGCUAAACUAGAGUCUUUACCUAGCGAGUAUAAAGCUGGGACACACAGGGAAGGGGAUUUCUAUUCUUCCAUUAGAAAAGGUGAGGACAACCCUGAAAAAGGUUUGUCCUUACCCUUAACAGAGGAAACUGAUCUCGAGUCUCAUGAGCAACCAGUAGAAAAAGCGAAAGCGGGGACUGCAGGAUUCUUUGUAGAGCUAGAGAACAAAAGAGCAAUCAAGGUCUUUGGAAAGAGCAUAAUGAUCGGACUCUUUUUAACGCUCGUCGCUGGAACCUGUCUCUCUUUGUUCUCUCCUGCAUUCAACUUGGCAACAAAUGAUCAGUGGAGCACAUUGCCAAAAGGCGUGCCUAAGCUUGUUGUCUACACGGCCUUCUUCUACUUCUCCAUCGCGGGUUUUCUCAUCGCUCUGAUUCUAAACCUCAUCUUUCUUUACCGGCCUAUGGCAGGCUUAGCGAAAUCAUCGCUUAAGAAAUAUGUAAAAGAUUCUAAAGGUAGAAGUUGGGCUGUUUUUGCUGGCUUCUUGUGUGGGUUUGGUAAUGGUUUGCAGUUUAUGGGAGGUCAAGCUGCUGGAUACGCGGCUGCAGACUCUGUCCAAGCACUACCUCUUGUGAGCACAUUUUGGGGUAUAAUUUUGUUUGGAGAGUAUCGGAGAUCGUCCAGAAGAACUUAUGUACUUCUGGUUAGCAUGUUGCUCAUGUUUGUGGCGGCAGUGGCCAUUCUCAUGGCGUCUUCUGGUCGCCGUGGUCACCGGAAAUGAUGACAUUUUCUUAUAUAGUUUUACUAUACGUUUGAGGGCUCGUUAUGGAUAUCAAUAAUCGAAUGUUACGUUUAUUUUUAUUUUCUAAUCAAGUUGGAAAAUAUUUGGUAUAUUUCUAAAGUACCUUAUAGUUU